ACAACUAUGAGAAGGGAGCAAUGCUCACCGACGCUGAGGAUGUUGACGAGGUCGAGGAAGCCGAAGGCGUCAAAGUCAAAAACGAAUCCUUGAUCUGCAAGCUCUUUAAUCUCCCACGAGAGAUCAGAGAUAAGAUCCUUCGCCAUCUCCUCUAUCGCCCUAUUGCCAUCCUGCCAGGUCCAGUUCGCGUGAAAUGCAGCAUCGGUUUCCGCCAUAGCCCUGUAGUAGCAAUCUACAGUUACCAGUGGGACGACAGGCGGCAGCGUGGCCACGACCCAUUUGGUCUUCCUACAUAUGAUGGGAGCCUGCAAGGCGUGCAGUUCGCUUGGCGCAGCAAGCCUACGAAGGAACAACUUGAUCUCAUCAACUCUAGCGCUAUUGUCACGAAUAGAUUGAACAGCGACGAGAGACUUGACAUGACGACCUUCGAUGAAGAGCUCGGUGCUGACGUAUUACAUUACGUCCUUCGUCGUGGCAACAAUCCGAUUCGAAUCAUCAACCGAGCCGUGAUCCGUACCUGUGGUCUUCAGCCACAAAUUCUUCAUACAUGCAAGCAACUUUACACGGAAGGCUGCCAGAUUCUAUACAGCGAGAACACCUUCGUCUUCGACACCAGAGGACAAUCCCCUUAUACCCACCACUGCGGUGUCCACGGCCAUGAUGCAUUCGACAAGGCUGCAUGGCAGAUCCCAAGUCUUCCUAACAAUGGCCGCCCGCAAUCUCCAUACCACAUGAACAACGCUCUCGACUACAUGUUCGAGAAGGAGAAGUUCCAUCAACCCUUCAUGCAGCGUGAUCCUAUGUCGACCUUCUUCCGAGCCAUUGGUCGGAACAACGCCUCGAUGUUAACAUCUGUCAAGCUGGAGGGUUACAUGCGAACCGCCGAAACCAACCCCCAAUAUCAAACCGAGCGCCCUAUCUCGUUUGCGAGGAUUCUCCCUAUCCACGCUACGAUCCUUAGGAACAUCUGUCCCAAUCUCCGCAAGUUGACUAUCCAUCAAGGAGCCAAUGACGAAUUGUGGGAGGAUGAUGUUGACGGAGCACUUGGACUGAGCAACGAAGAGCGAGUCGAUAUCGCAAUCGAGGGGGUCGUCAACGCACUUCCUCAUCUGCAGGAGUUAGAACUGGGAAGCUAUCACUUCACUCCAUCCGAAGCAAAUGUUAAAGUCCAGUGGGGUAAGGCCUUGAGAUGGGAAGGAUUGGUAGAGGAGAGAGUUCGGAACAGUGUUCGCUUGGCUCGUGAGAAGGAGGAGAGAGCUGUUCUGGACCAGUAUAUGUGGAAGGAGGAUAAGAAGGGAGGUCGCAAGAAUCGGAAGGCUACUGGAGGUGGUCAGCGAGCAGGACCCAGUGCAUUCGCAUCUUUGAUUGAUGACGCGCUUGCAGCAGCUUCUUCUUCCAGUGGCGAUCAGGGUGGACAUCGACCAUCCUUCCGCAUGGGAACGAAGAAUCGGCAAGGUGGUGGGAAGUCGACGGAUGCCGAGAACUGA